AUGGAUUCAUGGCGAUUAUUGGAAAUAGCAGUUUUAUCAUUAAUUAUAGAUACUCAAUUAGACACAGUAUGUGGAACACUUUGGUCAGAAUGGUGGACGUAUAGUGGUGUAUCAGGUGCCGAAUAUUGGGGAAAAGCAAAUAAAGCCUGGAUUAUCUGUAGCAAAGGAAAGUACCAGUCACCUAUUAACAUCGACCCAAAAAGCUUGGUUCAUGAUCCAAACUUAAAACAGUUGAAUGUUAGCCAGAAUAAGAUUAAAGGCAUUUUAUUGAAUACAGGCAGAGAUCUAAAACUUGAAGUGAAAGACACAGAUGACAAGCCUUUCAUCUUUACAGGCGGACCUUUGUCUUAUGAAUAUACUUUAUUUGAAAUAAAAAUACAUUUUGGCGAUAAUAACACGAGAGGAUCUGAGCAUAGUAUUGGUGGAAAAAAGUUCCCUUUAGAGAUCCAGUUGUAUGGUUACAAUGCUGAAAUUCACAAAAACAGUACUCAAGCAUUAAACUCGCCAAAUGGUAUCGCUUCUAUUUCUAUCUUAGCACUGGUUAGUGAAGAGGACAACGUUAAUUUUGAUGCCUUGAUACAACCCAUCGACAAAGUUCAUUUCAAAGGAUCAUCAAUCGCCAUAGAUGGAUUUUCUGUUAAUGCUAUUUUGCCACCCCUUGAUUAUUUUGUUACGUACGAGGGAUCGUUAACACAACCAGGAUGUAUGGAAACCGUUACAUGGAUUAUACUGAACAAACCACUGCAUAUAUCCUUUUCACAGGUAAUUAAUAGUUAA